CGGAAGUGGCAUUGCCGAGCGAGGCCGUGAAGUCAGGGACGCCUGUGGGCCAGCGGCCGGUGAACGGUCCAGGGAGGGACGCUUCCAGGCUUUACUGAGCGAUCGCUGUCAUGACGGCCCAAGGAAGCCUGGUGGCGAACCGAGGCCGGCGCUUCAAGUGGGCCAUUGAGCUGAGCGGGCCUGGAGGAGGCAGCAGGGGCCGCAGUGACCGGGGUAGUGGCCAGGGAGACAACCUGUACCCAGUCGGUUACUUGGACAAGCAAGUGCCGGAUACCAGCGUGCAGGAGACAGACCGGAUCCUGGUGGAGAAGCGCUGCUGGGACAUUGCUUUGGGUCCCCUGAAACAGAUCCCCAUGAACCUCUUCAUCAUGUACAUGGCAGGCAGUACCAUCUCCAUCUUCCCCACCAUGAUGGUGUGUAUGAUGGCCUGGCGACCCAUUCAGGCACUCAUGGCUAUUUCAGCCACUUUCAAGAUGCUAGAAAGUUCAAGCCAGAAAUUUCUACAGGGCUUGGUCUAUCUUAUCGGGAACCUGAUGGGUUUGGCAUUGGCAGUUUACAAGUGCCAGUCUAUGGGAUUACUGCCUACGCAUGCAUCAGAUUGGCUAGCCUUCAUUGAACCCCCUGAGAGAAUGGAGUUCAGUGGCGGAGGAUUACUGUUAUGAACUGAGUGAGAAACGCCCGGA